UCUUUCCCAACGCUACCAAACCAUUUCACUCACUCAGAUUAACAUAAGAAGCAAGCAAUUAAUUAAGAAGAAGAGAAGAUGGGGAUGGUUGUGGUGAUUUCUCUUCCUUUCAUAAUCUUCUGCUUUCUUCUGGGUUUUGGAUGUUACUUCUUUGGAAGAGCCAGAGGAAGGAAAGAGGUUCAAACCAACCCACAAGUUUAUGGGAUGCCAAGUCCACCCCCAGGUGCAGUUGCUUCAAACACCUUCUUCCCUUCACCUCCUGCACCCCACUCCCACUCCAAGCCAGACAACACUGAUAAUGUUUGAUUUCAACCCAAACACCAUUCACAUAUAUACAUAUCAAAUUAUCCUAAUCGCUCACCUCAGGUUGGCUGUUGUGUUGCAUAUUUACUUUAGGUAUAUUGGUGUAAUUAUUUGGUCCUUGUAGUAAUUCACUCCAAUAAGAUUUAGACCCCUCCCCCAUUUUAUUCAUUAAUUUGUAUAACCUCUUUUAUUUUAAUUUUGUCUGUUAUUUUAUGUAUCCCUUGUUUCCAGGUUGAAAGUUCAAUCCACUUUUAUUUAUAUAAAUUCAAUUUUGCUCAACUUUGUAUCCA